UUAAGCCGCGAACAAACUGCCCCGAGAAUUGACCGAUGAUCUCAUCGCACUUGGUAUUACAAAUCCACUAUUGCGCAAGAGAGUAUUCGUCGUAAUAAGUAUGUGUAUAGAGCUUCAGUGUUCUGUAGCUAUCAAAUCAACACAUUCAUCACUGUCCUCUUCUACCUUUUAUUACGCUCACGUACCAUCUCCCUUCUAACAUGUCCACGCAAAGAGCAGUUGUCCACGUUUCCGAGGGCGUUGCGGAGCUACGGAGCGACGUUCCUCUUCCCAAGCUCCCGGGCGACAAUUGGGUUCUCGUCAAGACAAAAGCUGUCGCCCUGAAUCCGACGGACUGGAAGAGCAUCGUCUACCGUCCAUCACCGGGGGCAAUUGUUGGAUGUGACUAUGCUGGUAUUGUCGAAGAGGUUGGCAAGGGCGUAACUGAUCUGAAAGUUGGCGAUAGGAUUGCUGGCUUUGCCCACGGAGGUGAUCCAAAGGACCAUUCCAACGGCACCUUCGCCGAACAUAUCAAAGCCAAAGUAGGCAUCCACCUUAAGGUGGCAGACAACAUUCCCUUCGAAGAUGCUGCAACCCUAGGUGUCGGCAUCACAACUGUGGGUCAAGGUCUCUACCAGUCACUCGGCCUUCCCCUUCCGCCAGCCAAGGUGCAAGAGCCAACACCUAUCCUGAUCUAUGGUGCAUCUACCGCAACUGGCACCCUCGCUGUGCAGUACGCGAAGCUCUCUCACUGCCAAGUCAUUGCUACCGCCUCGCCGCAUAACUUCGAGCUUCUACGCAAACUAGGCGCCGACCAAGUGUUCGAUUACAAGGACCCUGAAGUAGGCGCUAAUAUCCGCAAAGCGACCAACGACAAGUUGAAGCUAGUCUUCGAUUGCAUUUCCGAAGGCAACGCAAUCGACAUCGCUGCAGCUGCGAUCAGUUCAACCGGCGGCCAUCUGUCCACACUCUUGCCGGUCAAGAACUUCCCCCGAGAUGACGUAAGAGUCACAUUCACACUUGGAUAUACGGCGCUGGGCGAGAAGUUCAACGAACAGUUCCAGGCGAAUCAGGCGGACUACGAGUUUGGCUCCAAGUUUUGGAAGUUGUCAGAGGCUUUGUUCAAUAGUGGGAAGAUCAAGGCGCAUCCUGCGGAGCUUCGAAAUGGCCUCGAGGGUAUCCCGCAGGGGCUGCAGGAUUUGAAGGACGGGAAGGUAUCUGCCGUGAAGCUCGUUUACAAAAUUGAAUAGUUGACAUGGAAUUCUACCGUCGUUCGUAUAUUCGUAUGCAGAACUUUGGCAAGAUCCUGAAACCCUCGAUCAGUAGCCACU